UGGGGGCCUAGGAGGCUAGGAUCACAAAAUUCGUGCAACCCGGUUACAAAAAUAUGGCAUAGGCCGCAUUGUUUACAAUUUUAGAAACGACUUUCGAAAUGAGAAUGCUGUCCCUUCAAUCCUUGUCUUGGUUUUCAGUUAAACCCCAACUCAUAAACCCUAGAAGCCCUUCUUUCCGGCAACUCGGAGCCACAACUCAUGCUUAUUCUAAUUCCAUUCCGGCCGCGAACUCCGACUCACAUGACUUCAGCAAGCAGUCUUCCGCCCUCCCCAACAAUUAUUCCGGCGUCAAAAUUGAGGAAAGGGUGGCAUUGGAUUCCGGGAAGCUGCGGCUGGACUCAUGGAUUGCUUCCCGCAUUAACGGCAUCAGUAGAGCCAGAGUUCAGUCCAGCAUUCGUUCUGGAUUGGUGUCUGUCAAUGGCCGCGUCAUCAAUAAGGCCUCGCAUAUGGUGAGAUUGGGGGACAUGGUGAAUUGCACGAUAGCUGACUUGCAGCCUCUGAGGGCUGAACCGGAGGACAUUCCAUUGGAUAUAGUGUAUGAAGACGAACACGUGAUUGUUGUCAACAAACCUGCUCACUUGGUUGUCCAUCCAGCACCUGGCAAUGCAACUGGAACAUUAGUUAAUGGAAUUCUUCACCAUUGUAGACUUUCUUCUAUAAGUUUCAAUCCAGAGACCCUGCCUGAGGUUGAUGAUGAUUCAGGGGAUGAGAUUAGUGCACUAUCUUUAGAUCAAGGUCCGGGUGAAGGUAUUGCUUUUGGCCUGUCCGAGGCCUCUGUACGUCCUGGAAUUGUGCAUAGAUUAGAUAAAGGGACCAGUGGGUUGCUUGUCAUCGCGAAGGACGAACAUUCUCAUUCCCAUCUUUCUGAACAGUUCAAGAAACACACUAUAAAGAGAGUUUAUGUUAGUCUUACCUGUGGAGUGCCGACACCACUCUCUGGGCGUGUUGAUGUCCCAAUAGGUCGUGAUGUAAAUAACAGGAUCCGUAUGAUAGCUACUCCUGGAUCUGCUACCCAGGGACGGGCCCGUCAUGCUGUUAGUAGUUGGAAUAUGUCAUCUAUUGUAAAUAAUAAAGCAUCCUUUCACAGUAAUUCUUUAAAUCCAAUAUCAGACUGCAAUGACACCUAUAGACCUUUUGGCCAGAAAAUUAACUUCUCUGGAAUCAAAACUGAGGAUCACAUUCAAUCGAACACCAGAAAAUUGACAAUUGAUCAUUGUGGUUCCACAAGCAUCAAUUGGAUUAGUGAAGAUAGAGCUCAUUUCGGCAUUUACCCAGACCCACUGCAUCUGCUAAGUGGAAGUACCACAUUAUUACUUACUCAUGCAAAGCAGAUUCAUGCCCAACUCCUCAGAACAAGUCUGUAUGAUUCUCCUCAUUAUAGAACAAAGCUCCUCUUGCACUACUCCAAAUACUUUCAGUUUUCUGACGCCAAAAACCUUCUCCGGUGCUUGAGGCUAGACCUCUUCUCAUUCACUACCCUUAUAAAUGCAUCCUCCAAAGAUAAUGAUUUUAAGACAACUCUCAGUUUAUUUCAUCAAAUGUUUAUUGGUGGGCUUUACCCAGAUGCCCAUCUUUUACCAAGUGUUAUCAAGGCUUGUGCUGGUCUAUUGGCUCCUAGAAUUGGAAAGCAAGUCCAUGGGUUCUCUUUAUCAUCUGGGCUCUCUUUGGAUCCUUUCGUGGAGUCUUCGUUAAUUCAUUUUUAUUUAAAAUGUGAUGAUAUAGUUAGUGCCCACAAGGUGUUUGAUAAUAUGGUGGGGAGAGAUGUUGUUUCUUGGAGCGCAUUGGCUGCUGGUUAUGCAAGGAAAGGUGAUGUAAUUAAUGCAAAAAAGGUGUUUAACGAGGUUCAAAAUCUUGGUUUUGAACCAAAUAAUGUGUCUUGGAAUGGUAUGAUUGCGGGUUUCAAUCAAAGUGGCUGUUUCCUGCCGGCAGUUUCAAUGUUUCAGCAGAUGCAUUAUCAUGGUUUUACUCCUGAUGGUACUGGAAUUUCCAGUGUUCUUCCUGCAGUAGGUGACUUGGGCUAUUUAAAUGCAGGCACACAAAUUCACGGACUUGUGAUCAAGACUGGUUUUGGUGCCGAUAAGUGUACUGUAAGUGCACUCAUUGACAUGUAUAGCAAGUGUGGGUGUCCUCAAGAGAUGUUGCAAGCAUUUGAGGAUAUGGAUCAAGUGGAUGUUGGAGCCUGCAAUGCCUUCAUAGCAGGGCUCGCUCGACAUGGUCUUGUUGACAAAGCGUUGCUGGUGUUUAAAGAGCACAUGGCCCAAGGAAUGGAAUUGAAUGUUGUUUCAUGGACUUCAGUAAUAGCUUGUUGCUCACAGCAUGGUAAAGACAUUGAGGCUUUGGAGCUUUUCAGAGAAAUGCAGUCUGCUGGUGUCAAACCAAAUGCUGUGACCAUUCCUUGUUUGCUUCCUGCUUGUGGCAAUAUUGCAGCACUUAUGCAUGGGAAGGCUGCUCACUGCUUUUCUGUCAGAAGGUACAUUACAACUGAUGUUUAUGUAGCCAGUGCACUGAUAGAUAUGUAUGCCAAUUGUGGAAAGAUCCAAGAAGCUCGAUGUUGCUUUGAUAGGAUGCCUGCCCGUAAUUUGGUUUGCUGGAAUGCAAUGUUGGGCGCAUAUGCAAUGCAUGGAAAGGCAAAGGAAGCCAUUGAAAUUUUUCUCCGGCUGCAGAGGAGUGGACAGAAACCUGACUCUGUUAGUUUCACCAGCCUCUUAUCUGCAUGUAGCCAAAGUGGCCUUACAGAAGAAGGGUAUCAUUACUUUGAAAGCAUGCACAAGGAUCAUGGUGUUGAACCUAGAAUAGAGCAUUAUGCUUGUAUUGUGAGUCUGCUUGGUCGUGCUGGCAAGCUUGAAGAAGCCUAUUCCCUGAUUACGAAAAUGCCAUAUGACCCUGAUGCUUGUGUUUGGGGUGCAUUAUUAAGUUCCUGUAGACUUCAUCAUAACAUGAGCUUGGGUGAGCUCGCUGCUGAUAAAUUGUUUGAACUAGAACCAAGAAAUCCUGGAAAUUACGUUCUGCUGUCUAAUAUUUAUGCUUCUAAGGGGAAAUGGAAAAAUGUAGAUAAAGUCAGAGAUAUAAUGAGGGAGAAGGGACUGAAGAAGAAUCCUGGCUGCAGUUGGAUUGAGGUCAAGAACAAAGUACACAUGAUUUUGGCAGGUGACAAAUCGCUUCCUCAAAUGGCUCAAAUCCUGGAUAGAUUAACUAAAUUUAGCGCAGAAAUGAAGAGAGCAGGUCACUUGCCAAAAACAGAUUGGGUGCUACAAGAUGUGGAGGAACAGGAGAAGGAGCAUAUCUUAUGUGGCCACAGUGAGAAGUUGGCUGUAGUUUUUGGUAUUCUUAAUACUGCUGAGGGAUCUUCUCUUAGGAUCACUAAAAACCUAAGAAUUUGUGGAGAUUGCCAUGCUGUUAUAAAAUUUAUAUCUAGAUCUGAGAGGAGAGAAAUUUUUGUCAGAGACACGAAUCGUUAUCACCACUUCAAGGAUGGUGAAUGCUCAUGCCAGGAUUACUGGUGAUGGGGGUUCCACAAUUGCAUUAUUUCAUUUUUCUGUUGACAUUAUGAGUUGGGGCAGUCACAGUAGUGGAGAAGGAUAACUAGGCAUUGCCCUUGGGCUUGUAAUAAUCUAAUAUAAGAGCCCUUGAUUGCCA